AAGCUCAUCUUCUUGAUCAGUCAGAGUCAGGCACAGAGUCGGAGAGCCCCGGCAGAUUCCUGAAUUGGUCCGUGUGCCCCUCGAGAGUGAGUUGACAUCCCGAUCGGCCUGGUAGCUGGUAGAUGUGCCUUUGCUGAUACGCAGAACCAGGAUGCUCUUCAAGGCUCUUCUAAGUGGCACAUCAUUGCUGCUCCUCGUGCUCCUAAUGACCCAAAGAUCUAAUGGCUCGACACUCCCAGAAGAGUUUCAUCCCCGUGAGGAUCUGGUGGACUUGACCGGAGACGAGAGGGAGAUCCUGACUGCCUUCAGACAAUACCUGGAUUCUUCUCUCCGAAACUACCAAAGAGAACUGCACACAACCUACUCUCAAAAUACACUGGAGUUCAACAGGCGCAAGAAACGAGAAUUACUCGUCAAUGAGGACCUCUCGUGGGACAUCCAGUUUGAAGCAAGCUUUUCAACAGACAUCUCCAUCAUCAAGUAUUUUGAAAGUGACGGUGAUCAUUACGUCAUAGUGGGUUUCAACAAGGUUGAUGAAGGGAUAUACCAAGUGGAUGCAGAGAUCUUCAAGUAUUCUUCUGGAGCGUUUUCUUCGACAGGAGUGACGUUUAGAACGAAUGGGGUGAAGGAUAUUGAACCGUUUCUUCUCGAAGGAAAAACAUACAUAGCCGUGGCCAAUGGUCAGUUUGGUGCCAAUAGAUAUCAGGGAUUUUCACAGGUACUGACCUUUGACCCCUCAGUCCCUUCGGUCAGCCAUGUCCAGUACUUCUACACCUUUGGAGCUGCUGCUUUGGAAGCCUUCAUCUACGAAGGAGACACGUAUCUAGGAAUUGCGAACGGUCGGAUUGACUCUUAUAACAAGUACCAGACUUCAACUGUGAUAUACAGAUUUGCUGGAGCUCAUUUUGAUGAGGUGGCAUCGGUUCGAACAGUAGGAGCAAGCGAUAUAGCUCACGCAAUCUUGGGAUAUGAGCUAUACAUCGCUAUAGCACAGUAUCAGGACAACGAUGGGAGUUACGAUAAAGGCACCCUAUUUUACAACAUGUAUGUGGAUCCUUCUACGGAUGAGAGUGGCGUCACAAUGAUUAAAAAGCAAGUACUGGCCAGCACUGCCCCUACCUCUCUCAAAUUCUUCGUACAUUAUGGAUACAACUAUCUUGCUAUCAGCAAUCAUCUUGAGGUCACAGAUGGUGUAGAAAGUACAUUGACUGAUUCUUCAAUUUAUUGGUGGGCAUCGGACGAACAGUUUAUUGAAUACCAGACGAUAAGCACUGAUGGGGCCAUUUCCUUUGAAUAUUUAGAUUUGGAGUAUGAUCCUAAGCUACUUGUAGCAGUUGACCGGACUGGGCUUCGAUUCUUCGAGUUUACCGAUGAUGCUGCGUGGGAGGAGACUGAUACGAAUCUCUACCUCUACGAAUCUUCUACCAGACUUUCUGAUGUUCAUCUCGAAGCAUUCAGUAUGGAUAGCACCGAUUACAUAGCGAUAUCUGGCGAGCUAUUCUGGACAACUGAACAUCGAAAUCUGACAGAGUCCAACUUCUUUUCAUUCGUGCACGUCAAUGACACAACUGUGACAAACGUCACUGAGGGUAUUUAUCUGCCCAGCUGCAUCAAAGAGCUCACAGAAAAGACUGCGGAAGGAAUAACGAACAUCACAGACCUCACAAACGAAUUAUCCGAAAGAGGAUUGAGUAAAACAAAAGAAAAACAAGUUAUCACCAGCAACAUUGUGAUCACAGGAACAGCUCAACUUCCGGUCCUGAAAACCAAAACACUUACGAUUGAGAGUGGACAGGAAUACGAGGUGGACCCUGCACUAAUUCAAGCUAUAGAUGCCAACGGUGCUGAUUCUACGGCUCUCCAAGCCCAUCCUCCAAACUUUGUUACCAAAUCAACGGAACAGACCAUAGAAGGUUCGAUAACAUUGAGUGCUCCGAAGACAAUUGUCAGUGGCAAUGCCCAGGCGGACUCUUUCACGGCAGACGAUAAUUACAUCAAUGAAAUCGAUCUUUCAUAUAUCGAUACAAAUGCAUUAAGACUCACCGGUUCACAGACUAUGACGGGGCAGGCGGAUUUUGUUACUGACGUCACAGUAGGGACAAGCGUAACGGUGUCGGGGGAUAUCAAUUCUAUAACCGUGCCAGAUGACGUGAUGGACAAACCGUCAUCUCAGACCGUUGCUGGCUCAAAAACCUUUGAUGCUAAUGUCAACAUUAACGCAAACGUUGACAUUAAGGGUAACAUCAACGACCUGGAUUUGAACAGCGAUGUUGUGUUGUCAAGCCGAAGUGCCACAGUCGCUGGUGCUAAGACAUUCUCCCAACAAAUCAGCUUAAGUCAGCCCAUGGGUGUAUCGGCGGGAAAAACAGUGGAUACGGUUGAUGUAUCGGAGUUUAGCAGCCUUGUUCUGUCUAUUGAAAAUGGUGGUGUUAUUACCGGUGAUGUUGAUUUCGAUAGUACCGUCGAUAUCCCAGGAGACGUAUCGAUAGAAGGAAGCCUCAUUAAUGAUGUCGAUUUUACCAGUGCAUAUAACGAUGCUGUGUUUUAUGAUACCGAGCAAACUAUAACAGUUUCUAAGACGUUCCUCAAUGACCUGAAGAGCGAAGAUGACGUCACCGUCGAUGGUGAGGUCAACGGUGUGGAUAUAUCUGAGAGUGUGUUCACACUGUCAGGAACACAGACCAUUGACACACAGAUGGUGAUCGUUGAUGGCAGUGUAACAGCUAAACAGGAUGUCAACUUGACUGGGACGGUGAAUGGGAUCGAUCUAUCUGAGGAAGCCGUCUUCUCGGACAUUGUCCAAACUAUAACAGGUACUGUGAUCUUCACAAAAGAUAUUGUUGUGGCUGGGAAUACCAUAGUUACCGAAGGAACGACCGUAGAUGGUGUCGAUAUUAGUGCAUAUGCAGAAACAGCUAUCAAGAUCAUUGAUGAACCACAGAGCAUGGCUGGAGUGAAAACAUUCUCUAAGACCGUAACAGUAUCUGGCAGCAUCACGGUCUCCGGUGACGUCAACGGUGUGGACAUCGAGGAUCUAUACGAUGACGUCUUGGCGAAGGGUAGGGAACAAACAUUUGAAGUAGAGGUGGAAGCCACAGGCUCCGUCGAAUUAUCGGGAGCCGUUACCCUACAGAGUACCAUUGAUGACCUCACUAUCCCAGAUGACUUUGUACUUCUUGGUGAAAGUGGAGAUAUAGGCGGUUACAAGACUUUCUCUGAUCUAGUUUCUAUAUCUGGAGCUCUCACAAUGGGUGACACAAAAACGAUCAAUGGCGAAGAUCUCUCCGCAUUUAAUGUAAAUAUCUUGAAGAUAAGUGGAAAUCAGGAACUGUCGCUAGCUGGAAUAUCUUUUGACUCUGCAUUGUCCAUCAUUGGUGACGUCACCGUAACUGGAACAGUGGAAGGAUACACAAUACCAACCGACUUGGUGUUACUCGCCGAGGCUGAAGAGAUUUCAGAUUGCAAGACGUUUAGCGACGCGAACGUCGUCAUAUCAGGAGACAUAAGCACGCCUGAUCUCAAUGUGGCUGGGACCGUUGACUUGGUUGAUAUCGAUACGCUGUAUAGCGAUGCUGUAAUGACGGCUUCUGGGGGAGAUUGUACUAUCGCUGGAAGGAAGACCUUCCCAAACUUUGAAGUGACAGGUGAAACAUCAGUCGAAGGGACGGUUGAUGGAGUCAACCUAUUGACCCUGAAGAACACCGCCGUAUAUUUGGCUGGCGCGCAGGAUGUUGCUGGUGAUAAAUCGUUCUCAGCUGGAACCACAAUUACGGGUAAUGUUGCAGUUACAAACCACGUCAACUCGGUUGAUUUUGCACAGAAAUCCGGUGACGUCAUCUACAAAGAUACUAUUGGAGAAAUACGGGGCGCGAAAACGUUGUCUGGAGGCUUGGCAGUCACUGGUGAUAUGGAUGUAGAUGGUUUAAUUAAUGGUGUGAAUGUAACUCUCCUUGAUGAAACAUAUCUAUCUAAGCAGUAUGAACAGACCCUUGAUGGAAAGAAGACAUUCAAAGAAUCACUUACUUUAGCAAACCUGGAUUUAGCCAGUGGAAAGACGCUAGACACCGUAGAUCCGAGUAAUUUCUUACUCUUGGCUGAUGAUGAAACCCUAAGUAAUGACGUGUCAUUCUCUAAAGCUGUAACCAUUCAAGGAAGUGCUGAUGUUGAAGGAUUUAUCAAUACAGUGGAUAUAGAGGAGCUUGAUAGUAAAACAGUUCGACUCACAGGAGAUAGUCAGAGCGUGAGUGGUGUGAAAUCCUUUCCAUCGAUCACAGUUAAUAACAAUAUCGUCAUAGAUCCCGGUCUAGUUGAUGGUGUAGACGUAUCAGACCUCUCAAACAGGGUUCUGCGCUCUACAGUAGAUAACGAUAUCAGUGUCAGGACAGUGUUUGAGGGCGCUGUAACAGUAUCAGGGAAUCUCUUGACAGAGGCACUGACAGGAGGAGUCAACCUAACAAACCUCUUCCAAGAUGCGGUCUUACUUAGUGAUAACAUUACGCUUGAUGGAACCGUCGUCUUCGAUUCGACAGCUGUGACGACGAUGGAGAACAUGGUGUUUGAAGAUGAUCUUGAUCUCUUGGUGAAUCUAGCCCAGUCGACCCUUGAAGUCCUGAUGACCACCACGAUACGAGCAUCUACUGAUCAGAACAUCACCGGGAAUGUUGUCUUUGAUGAUAACUUAGUUCUACAAGACUGUCUGAAUAUUGAUGGCACUACUGACUCGAUCGACAUAUCGGAGCACGCUGUACUGAAAAGCUCCGAACAGACCAUAUCAAGCUGUACAAGGUUUGGCGCUGGUUUCAGAGUGGAUGGUGACAUGACCGUUGGGGGAACUGUUGAUGACGUCAAUCUGGCCACAUUAGUUAGUUCAAGGGUUACGUACUCUACUGAACAGGACAUUACAGGUGUUUGGGUAUUUGAUGACGUCACAGUGAGCGGUAAUGUAACUAUCGAUGGAACCCUCAACGAAAUCGACGUGGGCGACGAUCUCGUGACUUUGCACAAGAACGCCGUGAUCACGGGCACUAAGUCCUUCACAGCCAGCCUCGAAGUCAUCACCGAUCUCGACACUGCUGAAAUAAAUGAUAUCGACGUUAUAGAACUGAAAAACCUGGUGGUGUUGAAUGAAGGCACAUUCAGUAUCUCGGGUGAAAAGACUUUCGAGUCCCCAAUAUCUAUCACAGCUGAUACUGACGUCACGGGUUACGUAAAUUGCGUCGAUGUUGGUCUCCUGGAUGAUAAAUAUGAAAUAACAUCGGGAGAUUUCUACAAUGAGUUGUCUCAGCUGAACGAGUCUAUGAGGGAACAUUGUAUUUCGGCUAGUACCAUGCAAACUUCCAUCGGCGACCACCCUCUUCUCCUGACCAACUGGGAGGAUCUCCAGGAAAUUGAUAAUCCUGCAGCCGGACAAUUUCAUUCUGUGGGUUUGGAGGAUGGCAACACCCUGGUCGGCCUUGCUGAAACCUACAACUCUGCAGUCGAUAGGUGCAUUGGGACACAGCUCUACCUCUGCCCCGCCAACAAGCUGGAAUGCUUCGAGGUCUUGGACACCUUGCUUCCUGCAGCUACUGUCGUGUAUCUAUACCGAUAUGAGGGCGAGACGUUCAUUGUGCUUCUACCAAGCCAGCAGGUUGGGCAAUGCGAGGAGCGUUCCGAUGAUGAAGUGGAUAUCUUGACUGUGCUGAAGCUUGAAAAUGAGGAUUACAGUGUAACCCUAACUGCUCCGCAUGCUCUUGGGGUUAGCAUGUUUGAGAUCGAUGGAAGACUCUUUAUGGCUGUUGCGAAUUACAGAGAUAUCUCAGCGCAUAACACUGACCUCAACUCGACUGUUUACGUGUACAACAACGUUACAGAAAACUUUGAUGUUUUCCAGGAGAUUAUGACACACGGAGCAUUUGCUGUUACCCACCUCAAGUGGAAAGGCAUCACUUGGCUCUGCUUUGCUAAUAAUGUUCUAGACUUCAAGUCACCGAUAUAUGUUUAUGAUUCCCAAGAAAACAAGUUUGUUAUCGACGAGAAGACGGGCACGAAUCACGCAUCCCACGUGUCGAUGUUUCUGAUUGAUGACGUACCAUUCGCUGCCAUCUCAAGCGAGAAGCUGAUUGGUGAAGAGAGCGAAGCGGAGUUUCACCGGGAGAUCACAAUCUUAGCUUACCAAAAUGGAAAAUGGAGUGUCGUCGAGGGUAUCGAAACGUAUGGUAUCAUUGAUACUGUAGCCUUCGCAAUAGAUCAUUUCGUUUACUUGGUUGGGGUGAGUUUAGAAGGCGGUGAUCUGACCAUCUACGAAUGGCAUUCGGCUGGUAUGUUCGAGCUCUAUCAGAGCAUUCCUUUCAGCAACCAGUACAGUGCUCACGCAUUCGUCCAUAACCAUGAGAUUCUCUUGGCUCUAGCUAGACCAGCGUUCACAUCCAUCGACAUCUACUCCUGGAAGUCAAAGAUUAUGAAGGCUGUUAUCAGAGGUAAAACCAAGGGUACAGUUCUGAAAGCUUGGUGAUGACUGGAAAGAAACAUGGACGACAUCACCGAAAUCUCUCGGCCGGGUCUCUCGGAUCCACAUCAACUGCAAUAACCUAUCAUGUAUUACCUUUUUGUGUGAAUAAAUCACUUGAUCAAAAUAAUGAUAGAUCAAGUCUAAAACGAAUAUAUAUAUUAUGCUGGAUAGUUAUAGAUUCUAUGAAAGUAAUUGAACCCUUUCACUUACAUUCCUUCAAGUUAAA